AUGGAUGGUAAAAGCUAUCUGAAGCAGUAUGGUUGGAAGGAAGGGGAGGCUCUUCAAAGUGGCGGUAUUAAGAAACCGAUUCUUGUGAAGCAUAAAAACGAUAAGAAGGGUAUAGGUCAUCAACCGAAUGGUGGAGUCGAUGCCUGGUGGGAGCGACUGUUUGAUGGGCAGCUCAAGGCAUUGGAUGUGAAUAACAAGGACGGUGAUGUGAGUUUCAAGCAAGAAGAAUACGUGGCCACAGGAGUUGCAGUGUCGGACUCACCGUUGUAUAGAAUGUUUGUACGGGGAGAGACGCUUGGUGGAACUGUU